AUGGCCAAUCAAUUUGAGCUUUUCACGUCGCUCCGUUUCGACCCCGGAUUGCUGGGCGUCCCAAAGAGGCGUUUGGCUAAUGCGGGGUGGAACGCCAAGAUGACCUCCCCGUACUACAUGCUCGACCUCCACCGGGAUCGGAUGCUUAGAGCCGCAACACAUUGGAACUGGACUCCUGCCGUUGAGGCUAUCGCCGGCGAGACCGGUCUGCGGAAUCUCGCAGACGCCGUCGAGACCUUCUUGGCUCAGCAUGGCAAGGAAAGCCCACUGAGAGUCAAGGUCCUGCUUACCUCGGACGGGAAGCUUAGCUGUGAAGCAUCACCAGUGCCCCCGGUGCCGUUGCAAAACCUCUUUCCCGAGAGACUCCCACCACCUGGAAGCUCGAAGGAGACCAGCGAUCCCUCUGAGGAACCUCUUAUGGAGGUCGUAGUAGAUGACACCGAGACAUCUCAAUCGGAGUACACCCACUUCAAGACUACCAAGAGGGCCAUGUACGACACUGCUCGGGAUCGUGCGAGCAUUGCGCCGACGGACCGAAAGGAAGUCCUGCUGGUCAACUCCAGAGAUGGCACGAUCAUGGAGGGCAGCUUGACUACUCCCUGGUUUUGGAGGAACGGUAGGUGGGUGACACCUCCGGUAUCUGCCAAGUUCAAUCCCGAUGGCGGGAGCGGUGGUCAAGAUGGAACCACUCGCAGAUGGGCUCUUGAAAGGAACCUGGGUGCUGAAGAAGAGGUCAAGGCCGACAGUCUUGUCCACGGUGAGUCUUGCUGGAUCAGCAAUGGUGUUCGCGGCUUCACUUUUGGCAAGGUACGGCUCAGUGCCGCAUAA